AUGGACAACUACGAUGACAAUGACGCCGGCCAAGUUAUAUGGCGCACACGUAGCGAAACUCCAGCAGACGCCCACGCCCACGCCCACGUGGGCACCUCCACCCAAUCCAGCCACUGCAACCCACUGAAUUCAACCCGGCCAAACGACUUGGCGCAGGACAAUGGCGGAAUGCAAAUGGCACACGGACGUGGGGGAUGGAUGAACACGGCGCGAAAAUGUAUAUGCAACAUUGGCCAUCGGACUGGCGCAAUCAUCCAAGCAUCACCAUUGGCCACCAGCCGGGAUCCGCAUCCGACGGAUCCGGGGCAGCACUCGGAAAGCGAAAUGCUGCAAAUAGCGUCGGGGAAUCGGGAGGAAGGCCAGGUGGUGGAACUGAAGAAGACCAAGUACUUGCCCUACCUGUUCAACCUGGUCAUGCCGAAGUCGUUCUACCACAGCCAUAACAGAAUCGUGGUGGCCCGGCUCUACUCCAAUGUCCAUAAGCACGACAAGCAGGCAGCCGAGUUCUUCGAGGGCUUCCAGACGCCCUGCUUCGAGGUGCCGGCUUCCAUGUUCCCGGGUGAGGCGCCGCUGAACAAGAUCGUCUUCAUGCCCCCGGUGAUGUUGCCCAUGGGCUUUGAAGCCGGAGGCGUUUUUGGCCCGGGUGUUCUGCCACGGCGUUCCUAUCCCAUCGACCUGACGGCCUCGGGUCACAAGGGUCAAUCGCCACCGCUGUUCGUCGGUCUGCGCAGGCUGUACGUCCAGCUGCCGUCGGAGAUCGAGAGUUUCCUGGACAAGAUGGGCGAGUUCCCGGCCACCCAGGACACAUUGGUGUACGGGAUGCGUCGCUCCAAUCAGCUUGUAAAAGAGGAACAGGCACAGGAACUAAUGCUUCGCAAUGACUUGUCCUUGUCGAUGGCCUACAACUUGCCGGCUCCACCGACUCCACCGUCGCCCUAUCCCUAUCGCCAUGUCCCGGUGCAGUACAACAUAUACACCCCGGAUCUGUCCAAUGUGCUGAUGAUGAUGCCGCACCAGCGCAAACUAACGGUGGCCAUUCUGUCCACCGUCAACAAUCCGCAUGUUCCCUCGGUGGCACUCGCCACCAUGGGCGAUGAGGAGUGCCCCAAGUUCGAGCUGCCCAGCGAUGUCUUCCCCAUCUGUGAGGGCGUCAAUCGCCCAAUCUUUCUGCCCAGGCGUUUCUUGCCCAAGGGAUUCGAGUCCGGCUGCGUCUUCAAGCCGGGAAGUCUUUCCGAGCUGUGGUUCAUGGGCUACAUGGGUCGUUUCAGUCCUCCACAACCGCAGCACAACUGUGCCAUCACACCACCGCUGUUCGUGGGAAAGAUCUCCCGCGUCGUGUUGGCCUUCGACUUGAUGAAGAACAUCCAAAUGGAGUACGGAGCUGCUCAGUCUUCGGCUCAGUCAGAGGGAUCGCUCAAUGCUGUCGAGCCUAAGAAGCCCAACGUUCCCAUUACCAAGGGCUUUUUGGUAAUGGAAACGGAGCACCCGACGCCUCCAAGUGGUGGUUACAGUUUGCAAAGCUACCAAGAGGGCAGUGCUAAAGGAUGCGUUGUGAAGGUCGAAAAAGGUGAGACUCAAGAAAUGGAUGAAGCACAUCCAACCAAAGAGGAAUCGAAAUCGGAGGAGGAAGGUGAAGUCCAGUCAGGAAGUCAGGAGGAGAAGUACCUCUCGUGGUUCAAAGUUGAUAGCGACAUUGAUCUGAUUGCCGAGACCAUGGUCGACAUGGGCACUGCCCAAAUGAGUCUGAUCGAUGAGGAGGCACUGCCAGGAGUCGAUGGUGCGUGCGUCUUGAAUCAGCUGCGCGAGGUCUUCGAGGAUCGCAACGAGAUUCGCCAGAACAUUGACCAGUUGAUACAUGAUCACAUCUAUAGGAUGAAUCGUGACCGCAUGCUGGCCCUGCGCCUACCAAUUCGCACUUGUUUCAGGUGCGGCUUGCUCCCCUGUAGGCACUUUUGA